AUUGAAUUUUGUUGGACCUUGGAUAUCUAGGCCAUAGCUGAGCUUAUGAGGGAAGAUUAGGUUAUAGUCCUGUAAAAGUUUAACACGCUGGUCCACCCAUGUAAACAUGGUUCAGAUCCCAUGCCAGCAAAAUGGACAGAGUAGGGUUUGAAUUUAAAUGUGGUGGAUACAUGUCAUUGAAAGAUAAAAGAAAAAAAAGAAUAAAGAAAAAAAAAUAGAAAAAAAGGACAUAAGCCAUUCGACUACCCUAAUAUCACCUUCUAUAGGAUCUUAGGGCAUACUGUAGAUUUUUUUAUCCAAUGAAUCCAUCUAACUAUGAUAUUUAUAGGUAGAGUUGAAAUGAUGGUGCUGCCUGGUAUCCCAGAGAAUUUGAAACGGUAACUUGGAUUCUGCAACAAAACUCUAUUUGUCAAGUAGUUUUAGUAGCUUGCAAUUUCAUGAUUUAAACCCACCUGCUUACCAUAUAAUUUUCAUGAUAUGACAUGCACAGCAGUAAGAAAAAAAAGGAAAAAACAAAAAUAAAAGUAUCAUUAUGCAUAGUGUGGCAGUCCUGCUUCAAGACUAUUCUCUUUUAAUGAGAAAAAAAAAAGUUCAUUCUCUUUCGUUUAGAUCUGGAAUAGUUGCAAGGAUUUCCAUUCCAAUCUUAUUGUCUUGGAGAUGGAGGAUGCAACAUGGGAGCAGAGACUGCAAGCUUUAACCCACGUCCUAACCAGCCCCACAACAACACCUCCUCUCUACUCUCAAUUAUUCAUCUCCAGACAAAUUCCGUGCUACCUCAACUGGGAGUACCCACCGAUCCUGUGCACCAAAGGCACCAGGAUCUUCCCUUCUCUCCAUCUGAGAUGGGGAUUCUCUCUCUUUCUCAAAAGGGUCUCCAGAUUAGGGCUCCCUGAGACUUCUUGGAGGUCCAAGUGCCCAUACCAACAGCCUCCACCACUGAUUCUCGCAAAAGGAGUAGAGGAAGCACAGUGGGGUGAUGAGCAAAAAAGAGAGUAUUUUAGGAAGAGGAUUAGAAGGAAAAAACUCCUCAGUAAUAUUCACCCUUCCAUUCCUAUUUUAGUUCCUAAUCUCUUUCUGUUUUCUCUUCUGCUUUGGAAUCCUUUUCCUGAUCUUGAAUCUUGACAAACAUUAUUGCAUCAUGUACAUGUAAUUAAUGUUGUAAUAAUAAUGGUUCUUCUGGUUUUGUCAUGA